AUGAAGCCGCUAGCGCGAUCGCGAGGCCGCGACAUCUCUGUGGAAGCCUCGGGUUCCAAUGCGGCUUCCGUACUGGCAGUCGUUCCGAACCAGAAAGGUGACGCAAACUUGAAGAAGCGGAAACGCGAGGCCGACGAGUCUGAUCCCACCUUUCGAGAGUUCCUUGAGGUCAUGCAACCGAAUAACAAGAGGGCGACUGGAAUUGACGUCAACCUCGCGUCGGAGGCAGACAGGCAGCCUCAGGUCCAGUUUGACGCUGGGGAGAGUGACGACGAAUACGAGGCUAUCCCUUCAAAACGGCAGCCUCCCAACCCUCAAGCCCUACCAACCCCUCAUUUUGAAAAGUUCGGAGCUGUUGAAGAGGUACACCUGCCUGUUGAUGUUUCACGUCGAAGCAAGGGCUACGCACUUGUGCUGUAUGCCAACGCAGAUGCCGCCAUCGAAGCAUUCCAAAACUCGGACGGUAUUCCUUUCCAAGGACGAAUCCUUCACAUCGUGCCGGCCGCAGCAAAACGUGACAAUAAUCUUGACGAGUUUGCGCUCUCUAAGCUUCCUCUAAAGAAACAGAACCUGAUUCGAAAACGGGCCGAGGCUGCGUCUAACACCUUCAAUUGGAACUCUCUUUACAUGAACCAAGAUGCCGUGAAUGCAUCUAUAGCCAAUCGCCUAGGUAUCUCGAAAGCGGAAUUGCUGGAUCCCACCUCCGCAGAUGCUGGUGUUAAGCAGGCCAUCGCGGAGACCACAGUCAUUCAGGAAACAAAAGCCUACUUUGAAUCUCACGGGGUCGACUUAGAUGCAUUCAAGUCGAACAAGCGCGGUGAAACGGCCAUCCUAGUCAAAAAUUUCCCUUUUGGAACCACGAUUGAUGAAUUAAGGACCAUGUUCGAAGAACAUGGAACGGUGCUGCAGGUGCUCAUGCCUCCAAGUGGCACGAUUGCUAUUGUCCAAUUUGCACAAGCAGCUGAUGCCAAGUGGGCCCUGCGCCGCCAAAGGAGAAAGGAGUUGGCGAAUGCCUUUAGCUCACUGGACGGUUUCGUUUCUGCAAGGGUCAAGACAAAGACAGAUGCGAAGAAGCCGGGCCAAAUACUGAGCAUGGGUUUUGGCUUCGUCGAAUUCCGGACCAAGCCCCAGGCCAUGGCAGCGAUCAAGUCCAUGGACGGAUUUGUACUAGCUGGCCACACCCUGGCCGUCAAAGCCUCGCAUAGAGGUUUAGACGCAGCCGAAGAGAGGAGGCGCGAGGACGCAGCGAAGAAGGCGGCAAAUCUGAGAACGAAAAUUGUCAUCAAGAACCUGCCAUUCGAGGCUACCAAGAAGGACGUGCGUGCACUAUUUAGUACCUACGGAGAACUCAGGGCGGCGGAGAACGCCAUAAGCGCCUUGAAAGAUACCCAUCUAUUAGGACGGAAGCUCGUCAUUGACUUUGCCGAGGCCGAGACCAUCGACGCCGAGGAGGAGAUUGCGAGGAUGCAGAAGAAGAUUGGCGGACAAGUAAACAAGGUGACGAUGCAGCAAUUGACCAACAGGGGGCGCACCAAAGUGAAUAUUGGAAACGAGGAGGAUGACAUGGACUUGGGAUAA